AUUCCGGCGUUGGCAGUGGAGAUGCCCGGCACGGCCGACAUCUCCGGGCUGAACCUGCAGUUUGGCGCUUUGCAGUUUGGAUCGGAGCCGGUGUUACAGGAAUACGAAUCUUCUGCCACUACGAAUGCUACAGUGAGCCAAUCGCAGAACAGCUUGUAUACCAGCCCGGCAAGUGAGUUGUCCAGCUCUGCGGUCAGCAGUCAGAGCCCGGAGUCUGCCUUCCAAGCGAGCGGCAUCCCGAGCGCAAACUAUACCUCACAAGGCACGUCUCAGGGGCCUUUAUACGAGCAGAGGUCUACGCAAACGCGGCGGUAUCCCAUCUCUUCCUCCACCUCGUCCCCGCAGAAGGAACUCGGCCAAUCCAAGAACGGCUUCAGCUCAACGCAACCUCCCGCCAUGCAGGUCUCUGUGUCUGUAGAAUUGUCCUCAACCCCCUCGGUGAAAGCGGAUUCGUCGUCUGCACCCAGCAUCUCCGCUCUUAGUGACCCCGUCUCUGCGUCGUCCUUACUGACCACGGCUGGUUCCCACUCCAGCCAGCUCAGUGGUCUGAGCCACAAUGAGGAGCUGCAGAAUCCCCCUGCAUCCACACAGCUCAGCAGUACUUUACCCUCCCAGCACCAGACGCCUGUGCCCUCCACAGUUAGAACUUCCUCGUCCGCUCCCAUGCACACCAGCGUGGAGAGUGACAUCAGUUUGCACUCGUCGGUCAUCACCUAUUCCACGACCUCCAGUGCCAUCCCCAGCGCUGCACCCACCGCCUCCUCCCUCAACGUCGGCAGUCUGGGGCUUGGCCUGACCACCAACACCACAGUCAUCCCCUCCACGCGGAACUCCCUCGCUAACACAUCAGGUAAAGCACCUCCAAACCUCCCCCCUGGUGUCGCCCCGCUGUUACCGAACCCAUAUAUCAUGGCUCCCGGUCUGUUACACGCCUAUCCUCCGCAGGUCUAUGGUUACGAUGAUCUUCAGAUGUUACAGACAAGAUUCCCCCUGGAUUAUUACAGCAUCCCGUUCCCUACGCCCAGCCCUUCUCUUACUGGAAGAGAUGCCAGCCUGACCAAUAACCCGUACUCCGGUGACCUCUCAAAAUUCGGCCGAGCAGACGCCUCCUCCCCCGCGCCGGCGACGACGCUGGCGCAGCCUCAGCAGAGCCAGACUCAAGGCCACCACACCACACAGCAAACAUUCCUAAACCCCGCCCUGCCUCCGGGAUACAGCUACACCAGUCUUCCCUACUACACCGGGGUACCGGGUCUACCCAGCACUUUCCAGUACGGCCCCGUGUUCCCAGUGGCGCCUACCACGUCGAAGCAGCACGCGGUGAAUGUUGGGGUCAAUACUUCGGCUGCCGCCUUCCAGCAAGCGGCCAGCUACGGCUCUCAUGCUUACAACACCGGCUUUGAGGACUUGGGCCAGGUGUCCAGCGUGGGGGAUUUCUGUAAGGGUACAUUUAGUGGGGCUUCUGCUGCUUGCACCAAUGGACCAGGCGCUGGUGUGUCUGUCACCUCCAGUAACACCGGUGUCCCCGAUAUCUCCGGCUCCGUCUAUUCCAAGACACAGCAACAAUCGUUUGAGAAGCAGGCUUUCCACACCGCCGCCCCGGCCACGUCCUUCAACCUGCCCUCGGCGCUGGGAACCGGAGGCCCCAUCAACCCGGCCACGGCCGCUGCCUACCCCCCGGCUCCAUUCAUGCACAUCCUGGCGCCGCCACAUCAACAAGCUCACUCCCAGAUCCUCCACCACCACCUCCAGCAAGACGCUCAGCUGCCAUAUUUGCAGAUUUUGUGUUGCCAGCUGCUGAACGAUGAUCAGACCGCCUCGGGACAGCGCGCCCAAGGAGCCUCCAUGCCGCAAAAAUCUCAGGCAAGCAAGUCGGCGUACAGCAGCUACAGCUGGGGGUCCAACUGACAGAAAAAAUAAACCCCGCCUCCACCGCAAAGAGGACAUUGCGAAAAAAAGAUCAACGCAAAUCGCAGGACCGGCCCCCUCCGUUCUGAGACCUCCUCCUCCUCCACCACCCAGCUCUCCCCUCCCCCCCAAUCCCCCCUUUAUUGUAUGUAAUAUAGAAUUUGUAUUCUCCCCCCUUUUUUUUUCUGCAAUUAUGAAAUGUUUGCUAUUUUAGGGGAGGGCUGGUCUUACCUUUUUUUUUUUUUUUUUUGUAUUUUUUUUUUUCCCUCCCCUCCUUUUUUUUCGCCUCUUUUUGUAGAGGUGAGAGAGGGAGGAGGGGGGUGGGGCAGAGAAGGCGUGUCACCGCCCACGUCUACCGUAGGAAGGAUGGUUAUGAAUUCUGCGUUGUAUGAAAUAUCUCACUUGACGUGGUUACUUAUUUUUUUUUUUUUCUUUCUUUUUUUUUUUUUUUUGUACUGUGUUUUGAAUUUAAUGGAUAAAUGUGUCUUGUAUAUAUAAAACAAAAACACGGCUGCA